AGAAACACCGAUGGUAAGUGAUAAAUGUAAUAUUUGGUGUAUUCAUAAAUAAAGAUAACAAACAGUGUACUUAGUAUAGAGCUAUAUAUUAUUCCGUUCUGUGCCCUUAACCUGAUAUGUGCUGCUGACCUAUGUCUAACAGCUGAUAAACUGGUAUCCUUGUUUAUAUUUCAAAAAUUUUUAUGAAACAAAAUUUGAUAAAAGUAAGAUUGAUAUUUUAAAAUAAACUAUGCAAUAUUAAGUAUCUGAUAUAUAACUUUUCUUUGUAAUAUUUAUAUUGUGUAAUCAGAAUUUUACUAGUAGUGAAAUUUGUUAUGGAUCCUUGGUUUAAUAUUUACCUUCCAAAUCUAAACUGAUUUAAUUUAAUAUAGUCGGCAAACUAACUUAUUUCGUGUAUGUUAGAUCAUAUCGAAGCAUGUGUUUACGUCAUUUAUUAUAGUAAAUAAGAAAAUAUGUUGCGCAGAUUAAGUAGGAAACUUAUUGUACAUAGAGCUAGUUGUCAAGCUUUAGCAAAUUUUUCAGAACUCGCUACACAUAACAAACAAAAUUACGAAAAAGAAAGUAAACCAUUUUUAAACAGUAGGAAUGUGUUAAUCGGGACUAUUACCAUUCUAGGAGGUUCCCUUGGAUAUUAUUUAAUAGAUAAAUUUAGGAACCCAUAUGAUGGAAAACCUGGAAGUUAUGACCCAAAACUGCCAGUGUAUACUUUGGAAGAAAUAUCAUCUCAUGACUCACUGGAAAAAGGAGUUUGGGUGAUUUUUAAAGAAGGAGUUUAUGAUAUAACGGAAUUUGUUCCUGGACACCCGGGCGGAGAACAAAUUUUAAUGGCGGCUGGUAGUUCAGUUGAACCGUUUUGGAUGCUGUAUGGAAUUCAUCAAACGCCGGAAGUAUCCGCCAUAUUUGAAUCAUAUCGAAUAGGUAAUGUAAGGGCGGGGGAUACAAAACAUUUAACAUCAGACAUGUCCGAUCCGUAUGCAAAUGAACCGAAGAGACAUUUUGCCCUAGUACCUGCUAGUGCGAAACCUUUCAAUGCUGAACUACCGCCUGAUGUAUUAAUACAGAACUUCAUUACACCAAAUGAAUUAUUCUAUGUCAGAAAUCACUUACCUGUACCUGAAAUAGAUCCAAACACUUACGAAUUGGAAAUAGAAAUUGAAGGAAAAGAAGAAACUAUGACUUUCACGUUAGAUGAACUUAAAAAAAUGCCAAAACGAACGAUAACGGUUACUAUAAUGUGUGCUGGAAAUAGGAGAAGUGAUAUGGUUAAGUAUAAACCUGUCCGAGGUUUAAACUGGGGCGCAGCAGCUAUUGGUACAGCAACUUGGACUGGUGUACCAUUACGAGAUAUUUUAUUACAAGCAGGUAUUGAUGAAGAUGAAGAGAAGUACAAACAUAUUCAAUUUGAAGGCAUAGAUGCCGAUGUAACGGCGAAAAAUUACGGUGCCUCAAUCCCCAUAUGGAAAGCGUUGGAUAAAAGAGGAGACGUUAUAUUGGCAUACGAAAUGAAUGGAGUACCAAUACCAAGAGAUCACGGAUUUCCUAUUAGAGUUAUAGUUCCUGGUGUUGUCGGAGCAAGAAAUGUGAAAUGGUUAGGAAAAAUAGUUGUUUCGGAAGAGGAGAGCGAUUCCCAUUGGCAGCAGAACGACUAUAAAGGGUUUUCUCCGUCGGUUGAUUGGGAUACAGUCGAUUUCACUAAAUCUCCAGCUAUUCAAGAAUUACCUGUGAUAUCAGCAAUCUGUAAACCCGCACAGGGUAGUCAAGUUGUUGUGAAAGAUGGAAAAAUAAAUGUUAAAGGAUAUGCUUGGUCGGGAGGUGGUCAAAAAAUUGUUAGAGUUGACGUUACAGUCGAUGGGGGUAAAACUUGGCACGUGGCUAAUUUUGAUCAUCAAGAUACAGUUUCGCCACCUAGACAUUGGGCUUGGACAUUGUGGUCGAUUGAUAUUCCGGUUAGCGAUGAUGCGACAAGCGUCGAGAUUUGGUCAAAAGCAGUGGACUCUUCGUAUAACACUCAACCGGAGAGCGUUGAGAAUAUUUGGAACUUGAGAGGCGUUUUGAGUAAUGCUUAUCACAGAAUCAGAGUCGGUUUGAAACGAGAGUGAUUAUAUUUGUGCGUAUUGUGAUAUAACAAGCAAACUAUAAAAAAAAUCAAGAAAAUGAAUAUAUUUAUAUUUUUGA